AUCUUCAAUUCCAAAUACUGAACACUUCCAAAUAUCCUUUUUUCACCAAUGUACCAUGCUCAAUACUCUCACUCCUCUACAACUUAUCUCAACCAUUGUUUUCAAUAAACCCAGUCCCCAACACAAAGACAAAUCCUUGGUGGUUGGUUAUGGAGCAUGUAAGCUUCACACUUCCAUAGAGCUUCCAUGGAUGAAGAAGAUGAUGUAUAAUUGUUAUACUCACUGUAUCUCAAAAACCCACUGCCCAUUCGCUCUCUAAUCUCUUUUCUCUUUAUUGGGUUUUGGGUAACACUUCAAGUUAUCGCCUCCCUCAGUUUGCUGAAUCUGUUGAGAUUUUAUCUUCAGGUCUUAGAAAUGCAUGUUCUGGCAUGCAAUGCUCCGCAACUGCGAAUGAUGGGAAAAUCGGGUGUUUCGACUUCGACCCAUUUGUUGGGAAGGAGAGAACUGUGCUUUGAUGGUGUCUCUUCUGUAUGCUCUUCUUCUCAGCCUUCUACUUCAAAUCCCAGCACUUCAGAAUCCAUUUUCAUUCAAAGGAGGGCUGAUGAUGACUCUGGGGAUCUUGGUUCUGUAGUGAGUAGAAAAUUUCUUUUCACGACUCGACGGACGUUAUUUGUUAGUUUGUCUCUGAGUUUGUGGCCUUAUCCUUCAAGUGUAUUUACAGCUCAAGCUUUGGGCGAUCCAUCUGUGACCAUAGAUGAAGUAACUCCCACUAUUUCACCUUCUGGAUCCCUUUUUCCUACAGAGGAAAGAAUCGCCCAAUUAUUUGAAAAAAAUACAUACUCUGUUGUCAACAUUUUUGAUGUGACUCUGCGUCCUCAACUCAAUGUAACUGGUAUGGUUGAGAUUCCUGAAGGAAAUGGGUCUGGAGUAGUCUGGGAUGAUCAAGGACAUAUUGUAACAAACUAUCAUGUAAUUGCUAGUGCCCUUGCAAGAAAUCCAAGCGCUGGGCAGGUUGUUGCACGAGUUAAUAUUUUAGCGUCUGAUGGGAUACAGAAGAAUUUUGAAGGAAAGCUUAUUGGUGCAGACCGCACAAAGGAUCUAGCUGUUUUAAAGGUAGAUGCCUCGAACGAUUUAUUGAGGCCAAUCAAGGUGGGACAGUCAUCUUCUCUUAAAGUAGGGCAACAGUGUUUGGCAAUUGGAAAUCCUUUUGGUUUUGAUCAUACUCUCACAGUUGGAGUCAUUAGUGGGCUAAAUCGUGACAUUUUUAGUCAGACUGGUGUCACCAUUGGCGGUGGAAUCCAAACAGAUGCAGCUAUCAAUCCUGGGAAUAGUGGAGGUCCUCUACUUGAUUCGAAAGGGAACUUAAUUGGUAUCAAUACUGCUAUUUUCACUCAAACAGGAACAUCAGCUGGUGUUGGUUUUGCAAUCCCAUCUUCAACCGUAGUCAAGAUUGUACCUCAGUUGAUCCAAUUUGGUAGAGUCGUGCGAGCUGGCAUAAAUGUAGAUUUCGCUCCUGACCUAAUCGCGAAUCAACUCAAUGUUCGUGAUGGAGCUCUAAUUCUGCAGGUUCCUGCCAAUAGUCCUGCAGCCAAAGCUGGACUAUUGCCCACCACCAGAGGUUUUGCAGGCAAUAUAGUGCUCGGGGAUAUCAUCGCUGCCAUCGAUAAUAAGCCAGUAAAAAAUAAAGCAGAAUUGUACAAGUUAUUGGAUGAGUACAAUGCAGGAGACAAAAUUAUUUUAAAGAUAAAGAGAGGAGGGCAAACUCUGGAGCUGCCGUUGAUAUUAGAAGAAAGUCAGUAGAAACCUUGCUAAUAACACACUAACCAUUUCGACGUUCUACUUGAAAUCAAAUGGAGAAGAAGAAGAUUAAAAGAAGAAGUAGAAGUUAAGCGAAGCACGGGGUAAAAUGAGUGAUCUUUUAGUAUAAAAUUAAAGCUUUCCAUGAGAAUUGUUUGUUUUGAGUUGCAUAUUUCAUAUUAUAACAGCAACCAAGCAUGAAAUGUGGUUUGUUCUCAUGUACUGGAUUCAACUUUUCAACUUGAUGCCUUGUUGGUAAAGGGAGAGAUGGGAAGAAUCAAAUAUUUGCUUUUCAUAGAAUCGAUGUAAAUGUUAUGUAAAGAUGAACUCCCAUUGAUUAAUCUAAUGCCCAUGAUGGUUCAAUUAAAGAGUCAA